AUGGCCGAGAGCACAGCCGCCGCCCCCUCCAGCGGCAAAGGCAGCUCCUCAGGCCCCUGGUGGAAAUCACUGACUUCCCGCAGAAAGCCCAAAGAAGCGCCCUCGGCCGCGCCCGGAGCUUCCCGGCCGCCUCCCGACCCGUCGGAGCCGCCCUUCGCCUCGCCUAGCGCCUCGGACUCGCUGGAGAACCAGCAGCCCUGUGUGGGCACCGCCAGCCGCAGGAACCUCAAGGUCUCCCGAUCAGGCCGCUUCAAAGAGAAGCGGAAGGUCUGCGCCACGUUGCUGGCCCCCGAGAGCCCCCAACAGCUGUUCAAAGGAGCAGGCGGCAGCAGUGCCACCGCCACCCUCCCCGCCGAGGAGACUCCGUGCCAGUGA